AUGCCGUGUCUGCAGAAGCCAGAUGAAGAGUCGUUAAGGGGCAAAAACAGACACAUACCAGCAGUAAUUUUUUCUAUAUGUCAGCAGCUCGAGAUCUUUGCUAACUGUACCGGGGAGGGGUGUGGAGGGCAAAGGUACUGGCGCCACGGCUGUGCCCUCCCACCUCUCGCGAGGCACCGGGCUGACCAAGGUGGGGGAUGGAGGAUCCCAUGCCCUCCCAGCCUCCUCCCCAUACAUCACCGGUCCUUGUCCUCUCCUUUUCACGCCCAUUUGGCAGUGCCACCGCCUCGGCCCACGUGGAAGGCAGACCCCCACCCCACUUCUGCUGACCCGCGGGCUGAGCAGCCCAAAGUCCUGAGCGCAGUGGAAGACCGCAUGGAUGAACUGGGUGCCAGCAUUGCGCAGUCCCGCCGUACUGUGGCCCUCAUCAAGAGCGCAGCUGCCACAGAGAGGGAGAGGGUGAGCCAGAUGUUCGCCGAGGCCACAUCCACCCUGCAGAAUUUCCAGACUGAGGUGCUGGGGUUCAUCGAGGAGGGAGAGGCCACUUUGUUAGGACGCUCCCAGGGUGACCUGCGUAGACAAGAGGAACAGCGUAGCCGCCUGAGCCGGGCGCGUCACAACCUCAGUCAGGUUCCAGAAGCUGACUCAGUCAGCUUUCUGCAGGAGCUCCUGGCACUACGGCUGGCCCUGGAGGAGGGGUGCGGCCCUGGACCUGGGCCCCCCAGGGAGCUCAGCUUCACCAAGUCCUCCCAAGUGGUCAGAGCAUUGAGAGACAUCCUGGUCUCAGCCUGUGCCAGCCAGUGGGAGCAGCUUCGGGGGCUGGGCAGUGACGAGGAUGAGCUGCAGAAGCUCGGCUCAGAAGCUGAGGUGGAGUCCCAGGACCCAGACAGCACCAACCUUCUGGAGAGUGAAGCUCCGAGGGACUAUUUCCUCAAGUUUGCCUACAUCGUGGACUUGGACAGUGACACAGCGGACAAGUUCUUGCAGCUUUUUGGAACCAAAGGUGUCAAGAGGGUAUUAUGUCCCAUCAACUACCCGGAGUCACCCACCCGGUUCACACACUGUGAGCAGGUGCUAGGGGAGGGCGCCCUGGACCGGGGCACCUACUACUGGGAGGUGGAGAUCAUUGAAGGAUGGGUCAGCGUGGGUGUCAUGGCCGAGGGCUUCUCGCCGCAAGAGCCCUACGACCGGGGCCGGCUGGGCCGGAACGCGCACUCGUGCUGUCUGCAGUGGAAUGGGCGUGGGUUCUCUGUCUGGUUCUGUGGGCUGGAGGCCCCACUACCCCACGCCUUUUCGCCUACUGUUGGGGUCUGCCUGGAGUACGCUGACCAUGCCCUGGCCUUCUACGCAGUUCGAGACGGAAAGCUGAGCCUUCUUCGGAGGCUCAAAGCCUCCAGGCCACGCCGCAGUGGUGCCCUGGCCUCCCCCACUGACCCAUUCCAGAGUCGCCUGGACAGUCAUUUUUCAGGACUCUUCAACCACAGGCUCAAGCCUGCCUUCUUCCUGGAGAGCGUAGACGCCCAUCUGCAGAUUGGGCCGCUCAAGAAAUCGUGCAUAUCCGUACUGAAGAGGAGAUGAUGCAGGGCUGCAGUGGCCUCCUCCUGCAGUGGCCUGGCCCGUAUUUCCUGGGAGAGAGCACCAGCCUCAGAGACCCCCACACUCCCAACUGUUACACUUGUAGGGUCUCUGCCUUCUCUAACUAGACCUUCCACUGUUCAAGGCAAGGGUCCCCAGCUCCUUGCAGGACGUGUUUUGGGAGGAGAACUUAAGCUGGGACAACUCCAGACUGGACCAGCCCUUCUUUUCCAGGUUUCUAGAACUACCUGGCACACAGUAGGUGCUCAAUAAACAUUUGUUGAAUGCUUGA